CGGUGGCCACCACCACAGCCAGUUACAUUCGCGAAAACACAAGCCGCUCGCUUUAGUGCCGCGCGCGUUCUCAAGUCGGUCGCUCGCAAAUCUGUCUGCGCGCACACGCGAGACGAUAAUAUCGCUGCUGGUGCUGGUGUUGCUGCUGCUGGCAUACCGAGCGAUAACAUUUCAGGUUUGAAGCGCGCCGCGAAUACGGCGUCGAUCCUGCGCUCUUCGCUUUUUCGAGGCGUUCGAUCGGGCUGCGAGAGAGAGAAAGAGAAAGAGAGGGGAGCCACCAUUUUGACGUGCGGCCGGCAAGAGCGCGUGGAACAGCUGCACACGCCUGUCUAUUUCCGUCGGCUAUUUCCCCGUGAAGAGAGAGUGGACCUCGUGUUUUGGUACUGCACGGGCGUACAGAGGAUAAUACGGUUACGUGUCUCUCACUCGCCCUCUCACCCUCUUCGCUAUCUCGCACGGAGAUUCUCCAGGAGCACGGCGUGGGUGCGGCGGCGACGACAGCGGCAUCAUGUCGGUGGAAUCGAGGUGGUUGCCGUGUCAAGUUAGGGUCGAACCGGAUAUCUGCAGCUGCGAUUACGAUGGCGUUAUCCUGGUCUCAGAAUGCCCGCCCGGCACCAACGAACCGGAACCCUUCAAAACCGUCCUGCACGCCGCGGCGCAGAUCGAUGCCGGGCUGGACGCGCUCGGCGCAGUUUUGCCCAUCAAUUUACCCGCAAAAAGGCUCAUUUACAGUCCAACGGGCACGAUUAACAUGGAUUAUCACGACGUGCGCAGCUACGGCGAAGCCGCCGAGCAGGGAAUGAAACGGGCGUUACAAGCUGGUGUGAGACGGCCGCUUCUGGUGCUGCUGCCCGAUGAACGUUUCGAGAACGUCGAGAUGGUCACGCUCCUCGGCUGCUUGGAGGCCCUCUACGUGCCCCUGGAGGUGCGGGAAAUAUGUCCGGAGCGAUGCUACAAGGCGCAUCACCUCGGGGUGUGGAGUCCGAUUUGCAGUAAGAAGCUGCAGAGUAUCGUGAAACUCGCCUCGGCGCUCGAGAGCGGCAGAUUCGUCGCAAGGGACAUCGGUGGCGCGGACCCCGAGAGAAUGGCACCCCCGAGGGUGGAGGAAUACCUGGCGGAUCUGUUUUACGGCUCGAGCGUUACGAUGCAAGUGAUAUCCGAUCAGGACACGCUGCUGCAGGAGUAUCCGCUGUUCGCCUGCGUGAAUCGCGCUGCCUCGGUGAUAGUGCGCCACGCCGGCAGGAUCAUAUUCCUGACUUACGAGCCGCCCACGUCCUGCGUCCUGGAGACGAUCAUGCUCGUGGGGAAGGGCGUCACUUACGACACCGGUGGCGCCGACAUCAAGUGCAACGGCGUCAUGUCCGGGAUGUCGAGGGACAAAUGCGGCGCAGCCGCCUGCGCCGGGUUCAUGCAGGUGGUGAACACACUGAAACCGCCGACAGUGAAGGUGGUCGUCGCGCUUUGCAUGGUGCGUAACAGCGUAGGUGAGAACUGUUACGUCUCCGAUGAGGUGAUCACGGCGAAAUCCGGCAUGAGGGUGCGGAUAGGUAACACCGACGCCGAGGGCCGAAUGGCAAUGGCCGACGCCCUCUAUCAUCUCAAGGAAAUGGCCGUGAGCGCGGUGAACCCACAUCUGUUUACAAUAGCCACGCUAACCGGCCACGCGGUGUUGACUGCGGGCGAGGGAUACUCCAUCGUGAUGGAUAACGCCGUGGCACGAAUAAACUGCAACGCGGAGAAGCUCCAGGCUUCCGGCGAAGUGAUGGGUGACCCGUUCGAGAUAUCGCGAAUACGUAGAGAGGACUUUCGAACUCACCGGGGGCAAGCGGAGGGCGACGACGUUCUCCAAGCGCUAAACAAGCCGAGCUCGAAAACUCUGAGGGGUCAUCAAGGACCGGCCGCUUUUCUAAUUAGAGCCUCUGGAUUGGACAAGCACGGCGUUGCGUCGGAGAAGCCUGUGAAAUACAGUCAUCUGGACAUAGCCGGUAGCGCCGGCAAUUUCCCCGAUCGACCGACCGGCUCGCCGAUUUUGGCGUUAGCUAAAGCGUUCCUUGUCGAUAAGCUAACGCCAGAGGAGACCAAAGAUCAAUAAUCUCCAUGCAACCGACUAUUGCUAUGAACGUGGUUUUUUCACAGAUUUUCCACCUAAAACAUUAUUAACUCUAUAAAAUUUUUGAUAGUCUCAACGCGUCGCUCUUAUGAAACGCGGACGGAUUUCGUUAUCGUAUCUCUCGAGACGUUUCGCGUUGCAAAAUGUGUUUGGGAAUUAGUGAUAAGAACUCGACGAUUAAUGGAACUCGAAAGAAUGAACGAAAGAGCUUUAGCAAAUAUAAGUGGACGAGCAACAAACUCUCGUCCAUCGGAAGCGCGUCAAUCUCAGUUUUCCAACGAGCUCUUAUUCAAGUUUCUACAAUCCUUGUACGAGGAGAUGUUGACAAUAAUAUGUCGAGCCACGCAGCCACUCACUAAACUCAACGCCGAAGGAUAAUCGAGGUUCGCUGUUUUGUUUACACUCAUGGAUGAGUGGAAACAAGUCUAUAUAGUAUAGUUCCUCAAGUCAGAGUUAGCAUAUCGUCCACCAUUCAUAAGGAGGAAGUGAGUGAGUGAUAGAGAAGCUGCAGCGUGCCUCGUCAUUUCAGUCUUAGAAUUUCUCUCUUAUCCUACUAUAGUUUCUCUCUCUCACUCCCAUUCACGUUAUCCCUCAAAAUAGCGAACAGGAUACAGACCAAUCAGGAAUUAUCAUGCUUUGUCUUAACUCUGACUAGAGGAACACGGCGACAUGCUACCUCGUCUACAAUAAACGAAUUAAGCUUGGCACAAAUUGGAUAAAUAAAAAUAAUUUAUUGCAUUUAUUACCGCACUCUAGCUCUUUUACAAAGGAAGUAUUCCUCUCACUUAAGCGAGCAAACACGUAAGUGAAAUAAAUUAUUUUUAUUUUUACUUCAACUUACGCCAAGCUUACUCCGCAUAUUAUAGAUAAACCUCAAGCAAAUGGCACAUAAAAGAAACGUAAGCAGUAACGUUUAAAGCAGUAAAUAAAUUGACCAAUCACAGUCAAUAAUUCUUCUUACGGUCUAAGAACAAUCGAUUGUGACUGGUGAAUUUUCUUAUUGCUUAACCCUUUCGCUACCAACGAGAUAUAUUUUUUCCACUAUCAAUAAUGUUAUUCAAUUGAAUGAACAGUUUUUUGUUAUUCAGAACACAUCAGCUAUCACUCUAUUUAUUACCACGUUGGGACAAAUAUAGCCUCCCAAAAACUCCAGUAAUCAGUGUCCCAAUCCUAUCCCUUUGUCGCCAAAUAUAAAACUUCCAAUUAAUUUUUACUAAAACUGUAUUAUAUUGAUAUACUAAAUGAAAUGAAGGUAAAAAAAAUUGUACGUUUAAAGACAAAAUUAGUAGCGAAAAGAUUGUCUUACUGCUUUACAUUUCCCUUACUGCUUUACGCGACCCGCUCUCCCACUUGUCAACGCGGGCCACGUGCUCAGAUGACGCGGUUACACGGCCGUUCACCUUAUUCGCGCGCGAGCAGGACGCAGAGUGUUGUGAGUUCGAUAGAUUUUCUACGCAUGCGCAGAAGGCUUCUUGUCGCGGAGAAAAUCUCCCGAACUCGCGGCACUAGCAGUCAGUUCGCUUCGCGCUAGCGCGUGUUGCGCAUUAUACAGAGUUUGCUCAAUAUUCUGGCGAGUUACGUUCGCCGACAUCAAGUGUCCUGAAACUUCAAAGCCUGCAUCUCGUGAAGGGAUCAAGCAUUCUUCUUGACACGUGACGCUGUAUUUGUAUUGGUGUUUUUUUAAUGUCCAUUGACACGCCUUCGUUUGUUCUCGCGAGUUCCAUUAGUCGGCUAAUAUAUUGUCAAUCGUACGAGUUGCGACUCGCUUCGAAUACAUUCUUGUAAGCGACAUCGCAAUUUGAUUUGAACUUUUAUAAUUCUUGUUACAAAACAAUGGGUAAUGGAAUCUGAUAAUAAAACUGGUCAUUAUUCUCCAGAA